AUGUUCAGGUCGCAUGCCUCCGGUAAUAAGAAGCAAUGGUCUAAAAGAACCUCAAAUUGCAACACAUCAGCUGGUUCGGCAUCAGGCUCUCACGCCUACAGGCAACAAACACUGUCUUCGUUCUUUAUGGGUUCCGGAAAAAAGCCAGCUGCUGCUUCGAAAAACAGCACAACAGUAAUUGAUUUAGAAAACGGUGAUGAAGGUAACCACACCAGAAUAGUGCCCCCUAGGCCAAGAUUGAUACGGAACAAUUCAUCCUCCUUAUUCUCGCAGACACAAGGUUCGUUUGGUGAUGAUGAUCCCGACGCAGAAUUCAAAAAAUUGGUAAAUGUGCCCAGACUCAAUAGCUAUAAGAAGCCUAGCAGAUCACCAUCGAUGACCAGUUCUCUUCACAAGACUGCCUCUGCGUCUACGACGCAGAAAACAUAUCAUUAUGAUGAGGAUGAGACUUUGCGGGAAGUUACUAGUGUAAAAUCUAAUUCUAGACAACUAUCGUUCACUAGUACGAUCAAUAUUGAUGAUUCUAGCAUGGAACUUUCUGCUGAUUCGGAAAGACCCGCAAAGAGGUCUAAACCUUCCAUGGAGUUUCAAGGUUUAAAACUUACAGUACCAAAGAAAAUAAAGCCGUUGCUAAGAAAGACAGCAUCAAAUCUGGACUCAAUGAACCAGAGAAGCGGUUCUUCACCAGUAGUACUUACAACAGAGCAAGAAAGGGUCGUUAAUUUAAUCGUCAAAAAAAGAACGAAUGUUUUUUACACGGGUAGUGCAGGUACAGGUAAGUCUGUCAUUUUGCAAACCAUUAUAAGGCAAUUGAGCUCUUUGUAUGGGAAAGAAUCAAUUGCGAUCACCGCCUCUACAGGGCUAGCGGCAGUGACUAUUGGUGGCUCCACUUUACAUAAGUGGUCUGGUAUAGGAAUUGGGAACAAAACUAUCGAUCAAUUGGUGAAAAGAAUACAAUCACAGAAGGAGUUAUUGGCUGCAUGGAGGUAUACAAAAGUUUUAAUCAUUGAUGAAAUUUCUAUGGUUGAUGGUAAUCUGUUGGAUAAAUUAGAACAAAUCGCGAGGAGAAUUCGCAAGAACGAUGAUCCCUUUGGUGGUAUUCAAUUGGUCCUAACAGGUGAUUUCUUUCAAUUACCACCCGUGGCUAAGAAAGAUGAGUAUAAAGUGGUAAAAUUUUGCUUUGAAAGUGAAAUGUGGAAACGGUGCAUUCGAAAAACGAUUUUACUGACAAAGGUCUUCAGACAACAGGAUAACGAACUGAUUGAUAUUCUAAAUGCCAUUAGAUACGGAGAACUGACCGUCGACAUUACUAAAACGAUAAGAAACCUAAAUAGAGAUAUAGAUUAUCCCGAUGGAAUUGCCCCUACAGAACUGUAUGCUACGAGAAGAGAAGUUGAACUAUCUAAUGUAAAGAAAUUGCAGUCCCUACCUGGUAAUUUGUACGAAUUCAAAGCUGUAGAUAAUGCGCCCGAGAGAUACCAAGCGUUACUGGAUUCUUCAUUGAUGGUGGAAAAAGUUGUCGCAUUGAAGGAAGACGCACAGGUUAUGAUGUUGAAAAACCGCCCUGACGUAGAAUUAGUCAAUGGGUCACUGGGGAAAGUCUUAUUUUUUGUUACAGAAUCGUUGGUGGUUAAAAUGAAGGAAAUUUAUAAGAUUAUAGAUGAUGAAGUUGUCAUGGACAUGAGAUUGGUAAGUCGAGUCAUUGCCAAUCCCUUGUUAAAGGAAUCAAAGGAGUUUCGUCAAGAUGUCAACGCCAGACCAUUAGCUAGAUUAGAACGUUUGAAAAUCUUGAUAAAUCACGCAGUCAAGAUCUCUCCUCAUAAGGAAAAAUUCCCCUAUGUGAGGUGGACGGUGGGCAAAAACAAGUACAUCCAUGAGCUCAUGGUCCCAGAGCGUUUCCCCAUUGAUAUUCCCAGAGAAAAUGUCGGGUUAGAAAGAACUCAGGUUCCUCUAAUGUUAUGCUGGGCACUGUCUAUUCACAAGGCGCAAGGACAAACUAUUCAAAGACUGAAGGUUGACUUGAGAAGAAUUUUCGAAGCCGGCCAAGUUUACGUUGCAUUGUCAAGAGCAGUCACCAUGGACACUUUACAGGUCCUAAACUUUGAUCCAGGAAAGAUUCGCACCAAUGAAAGAGUAAAAGAUUUCUAUAAACGGUUAGAAACUUUGAAAUGA